CAAUCCCCCCCCUCCGCCUCCCGCCCUUUUUCCAGAACAACAACUCUCUUCUUCCCCCUCGACCAUAUACCUCCCAUCCAUCACAAUGGCGGCCACAGAAUCCCAGUUGCCUACCGACCCCAAGUACGACCAGUACGACUUCCCCACCACCGCUCCGGAAGCGCAGCCUGGCCACCCCGGCCACACCUCUCCCGAACAAGAUGCAAAGGUGCACCAGCUCCGCGCUGAGCUCGAGAAGCUCGGCUACACUGAGCGUUUGGAUACACUGACCCUCCUGCGGUUCCUGCGUGCCCGCAAGUUUGAUGUCGAGGCCGCCAAGACUAUGUUCACUACAAGCGAGGCGUGGCGCAAGCAGUUCGGCACUGAUGAUCUGGCUCGCAACUUCAACUACCCCGAGAAGGAGGAGGUCUUCAAGUUCUACCCCCAGUACUACCACAAGACGGACAAGGAUGGCCGCCCCGUCUACAUUGAGAAGCUGGGCAAGAUCGACCUGACCCAGAUGUACAAGAUCACCACUGCCGACCGUAUGCUGCAGAAUCUGGUGUGCGAGUACGAGAAGCUGGCUGACCCACGUCUGCCCGCUUGCUCGCGCAAGGCCGGCAAGCUGCUCGAGACCUGCUGCACCGUCAUGGACCUGAAGGGCGUGGGCAUCACCAGUGUGCCGUCCGUCUACGGAUACGUCAAGCAGGCCUCAGACAUCUCGCAGAACCACUACCCCGAGCGUCUGGGCAAGCUUUACCUGAUCAACGCGCCGUGGGGCUUCAGCAGCGUCUUCAGCGCCGUCAAGGGCUUCCUUGACCCCGUUACCGUCAGCAAGAUCCACGUCCUCGGCAGCGGCUACCAGAAGGAGCUUCUGUCCCAGGUCCCCGCUGAGAACCUGCCCGAAGAGUUCGGCGGCUCUUGCAAGUGUGAGGGUGGCUGUGAGCUCUCCGACAUGGGCCCCUGGAAGGAGGCUGAGUGGGCCCGUCCCGCUAAGUGGGCUACCCCUAAGGAGGAGACCCCUAAGGAGGAGGCCCCUGAGGAGGCCCCUAAGGAGGUUGCUGAGCCUGUUGUUCAGAAUAAGGACCCCGGAAAUGAGAAGAAGGAUGUUGAGGGCCAGGAGGGUGCUCAGACUAGCGCUUAAGCUUGCUGAGGACUUUUUCUUGUCUUCUUUGUUGGUGCCAACAAGCCGAUCGACGAUCUCCUUCUAUAUGGCGACUGAAAACAGAACCCCAGAUAAGGAUGUUGGAGGUUUAUUUUCAACUCCGAUCAACCUGAAAACCUCAAAAAAUAUUACCUGGUGGUCCGACAACUCCCAAUACAACCCCAAUCCUCCCAGGCAUACCGGAAUAUCUUUCUGGUAGUUUCAACACCUCUUUGCCGAUCCAUCCACAGCCUGUGGACUCCUUACUCUACAUUCGCUUUUUGCGUUCUGCUUUUUUUUGUUCCGAUCUAGAUAUCAUGGAGAGCUUGCUUCUUUUUUUUACUUUUGCCUAUCAAGAUAAGCAGCGUGUGCUGCCACUGCUCUCAGUAUAGAAGGGACAGGACGUGAUGAAAUUUAAAAGCGAGUUGGUGUGAAGAUGGUGUUUAGCUUGGUUGUUUCUUUGU